AGGGAGGGAGAGGGAGAGAGAGGACUAUCUGAGAGCAGGAAGACUCAGUAACAGUGAUAGGUUACAGAUGCCCUUCAAAGUCAGCAUUACAUUCUGAAUCUUAGCAGUCACAUGGUCUUUUCUCCCACCUUACGUCUUGAUUAGGGUAUUUGCACCUCGAGUAACCCGCAUGCUGGUUGGCUGAGAGGCAAUCAUCCCAUCGUGGUGAAACAAACUAGCUGUGCUCCACAUCGAGGAAGAAGAAGAGAGACACGGAGCGCAUCGCCCCCCGCACACACAGUGCUUUCAUUUUGCGAUACAAGAGGCUAUUUAACAAUAGCCGGCGCGGACUGUAUAAGGGCUGUGGAGGAGGUGGACUAGUGCAAUGAUGACGGGCAAAUCUGUGAAAGACGUUGACAGAUACCAGGCUGUCCUCAACUCUUUACUGGCGCUGGAGGAGAAUAAAUUCUGCGCUGACUGCGAAUCAAAAGGUCCGAGAUGGGCAUCGUGGAACUUGGGCAUUUUUAUCUGUAUCCGCUGUGCUGGUAUCCAUCGAAACCUCGGGGUUCACAUCUCCAAGGUCAAGUCCGUCAACCUGGAUCAGUGGACGCAGGAGCAGGUCCAGUGUGUUCAAGAGAUGGGAAAUGCCAAGGCCAAACGUCUCUAUGAGGCUUUCUUACCCGAGUGUUUCCAGCGCCCUGAGACGGACCAGUCUGCAGAGAUCUUCAUCCGGGACAAGUAUGAUAAGAAGAAGUACAUGGAUAAGGUUAUAGACAUCCAGAUGCUCAGAAAAGAAAAGAGCUGCGACAAUAUACCCAAGGAGCCGGUUGUGUUUGAGAAGAUGAAGUUGAAAAAAGACAUCAGCCCGAAGACAGAUUCCCAGACUGUUACAGACCUGCUUGGACUAGAUGCCCCUGCUCCAAGUCCUGCAGUGUCGAAUGGUGGAGGAUGUGUUCCAGACAGUAAUGAGAGCCCUGUGGUAUCUAAUCCACCUCUGGCACACUCUGCCCUGGAUCUCUUCAGCUCUCUGCCAACACCUUCCUCUGCCUCCUCCUCUAAAACUACGCCUGUCUCCAGCUCUAUGCCUCAGAGCAGAGUGACUGCCUCUGUGCCUGAAAAUCUCAGUCUCUUCCUGGAUCCGGCACCCAAAGCAGAGGAAGGCACUGUCAAGAAACUGUCCAAGGACUCUAUUCUCUCUCUGUAUGCUUCCACCCCCUCAGUGCACGCUAGCAGUAUGGCUACUCAUGGCUUGUACAUGAACCAAAUGGGAUACCCAACACACCCGUACGGUUCAUACCAUUCCUUAGCCCAGGCAGGUGGAAUGGGAGGUACCAUGAUGACGUCACAGAUGGCCAUGAUGGGACAGCAACAGAGCGGCAUGAUGGGGGUUCAACAAACCAGCAUGAUUGGAGUUCAACAGAACGGCAUGAUGGGACAGCAGAACGGCUUAAUGGGUGCCCAGGGUGUCAUGGCUCAGCCUAGUGGCAUUGUUCCGUCACCCUACAUGACAGGAAUGACCCAGGGCAUGAUGGGACAGCAGCAAAGUGGAAUGAUGGUACAGCAGCAGAAUGGCAUUAUGGACAGCAGCAAACAGCAAAGUGGGAUGAUGGGACAGCAGCAGGUCGGAGGUUUGACCACAUUACCCCACCAGCAGGUUUAUGGAGUGCAGCAGGCCCAGCAGCUACAGUGGAACAUUGCCCAGAUGACUCAGCACAUGGCUGGCAUGAAUCUCUACAACACCAACGGCAUGAUGGGAUACAGCAGUCAACACAUGGGAGGCUCAGCAACUCAGAGUUCAGCACACAUGACAGCGCACAUCUGGAAAUGAACUCAUCUAUCUAAGAAAUGAUGUAAUGCCACAAAAGAGAGGGGAAACAGAGUUGUAGGAAUCUGUGAAUUAGACCCUCCAUAAGACAUUUUCUAAUGCAAGGGAGAAGGAGGAGGAGGAGGAGGAGGAAGGAGGAGACAGGUGUGAAGAAUGAUGGUUUGGGAAACCACUACUACCUCUCUUUCUCUCUUCCUCUCUGCCCAUGCUUCCUCUUCUUGCUCUCAUCCAUGGCCAUGUUUUGCAGAUUUCCAUGCUUGCCUUCAGAACAUUUUGGUAUGACGACCAAGACAACAGGGUUCAGAGGCUUCUGGUUAGGACUACACAUCUUCCUUUGCACCUAGCCUGUAUGUGAGAGUGUGUGUGUGUGUGUGUGUGUGUGCACGCACAUCUGCUAUAUGCAGGUGUUAACUCACUGCUUUGGGGAAUUUUGCAGUUUUUCUUACUUGAUCAGAAAAACAAAACACAUAUGGAUACGUUUUCUAUUUCUUUGUGUAGUUAGUUUGAAGGUGUGUUGAACAGUGAGGUUAGCUUAGCUUAGCUUCACUGGUUGACGUGCUUGAAUACUGCUGUUUAUUGGAGUUAGUAGCUAAGAAGAGGGAAAUAGUUCUUGUUGCAGUACUAAGGAUUUGUAACAUUUUCUAGUUUGCUAAUCCAGCAUUUCAGAAUUGUAAGCAUGAGUAAAAUGUAAGAUGAGACAGAGUUCAUUCAAAUAUAACCCGUUUGCUUUGAUUAGCUUACAUAACAGUACCUCGACAAGCAAAACAGAGAUUAAUUUGUGCUUUAUUAUUAAUGUUUUUCAAUCAGUAUGAUUUUUAACAUUACAGAAAGGUUUUAAGGAUGAGAACUAAGCAAUGUAUUAUGCAAAGAAACGCUAUCUCAAAUAAUGCACUUGACUGCAGUUGCUGAGAUGAAAACGUCAGGUUUAGCAAACAGUCGUUAGCUACAUUUUAGCUGUAACUAUAUAGGAUUUACUUUUGUUUUUAUUUAUUCAGCUCUCAAGCAUGCAGGAGUUUACCAAAGAAUAGUUGGGUGGAGUAUAAAUCCUAUUUCCCUGUAACUGCUGACAUUUAGUCUAAUAUAAAAAUCCAGGAAUCAAGCUAGGCUAGGCUAGGCUAGGCUAACCACCAAAGUCAUCAUACCUUCAAGCUGCACAAUGAUGAGAAAGGAAUUUACGUAUUUGUCUGGCUCUUGGUAAGUAGGAAAACGAGUAAAAUCCCACAAAACUCAUGUAUACCUACUAAAUACUUAAGUUAUCCUACCCGUCCAACAAUAUUAAAAUUUAAGAAAUCCAUUUAUGUGUUGAUAAUUUUCUCCUCACUGUCUCAGUUAUAAAAACCUACCUAGACAGCCCUUCAUUAUGAUGUCUUCUUUUAGAAUCGAUAUCUAAUCUCAACUUUUAAGUGUCAAAAGUCCUAAACUGGAUUCUGGGAGACCAAAGAUCAACACUAGCUUUAUUAUGGUUGUACAGUGUUCCAGUACGCUUUACUGUAUAGCCACUUAACUAGUGAUUUGUAGAAAAAUCAAUUGAGUCCUUUAACAGUUUGGUCAUACCUGCUCCUACAGUUCACUGUGCUAUUUCCUCAGCAACGGUGGGACACUUAAAAAAAUCACUUGCAUGCAAUGUUAUCAUGUAAGCGCUCACAUUAAGAAUCUACCUAGUACAAUAGAGGCCUCAAAUAAUGUUGAAUGUCUGUAAAUAACAGAGAAAAAGACAGAGGUUGGGAUGGAUACAAGAAAAACUUUAAGGUACAGGUUAGUCAUGUUUCAGAUGCUUCCACUGAUUUGCAUGAGGAGAAUGUUUAUCUAGCUCUGAUUGUAUGUAAUGUGUGUUUAUUAAGAUAUCUGAAUGUGUAUCUCUGAAUGUUUCUCUUGACUGUACAUGUACAUCAGUCUCUGACCAAGACCAACAAAAAAUCUCAAUGAAUGUGUCCUGAAUGUGUUCACGAUUGUACUGGACUUGUUUUGAAAACGCACACCCGAGUAUUGUUGGGGUGUGUUUGUUUUUGAUAUUCUUUUACUCUGUCGAGCAAUGUAACACUUGCGUCUUUUGAAUGUCCUGUGGAUCAACAGCGUCCUGUCGGUUUUUGGUGAAUUGUUGGAUUCAUCCAAGUUUUACUAUAAAUAUCUUGCCAUCAAGUUAGGAGCAAACUGUGACCGAGGCUAACACAUUUUCAGGUCAUUCUAAGGUGUUUACAAUUUGGCCAAACCACAUUGUGAAGCGGAAAGUGAUUGUACGACCACAAUCUGUCACCUCUCAAUGUUUUAAUUGACCCUCCUACACCUCUCCCACACAAACCAUCUCUUGAGUCCUGAUUUCUCUGACAGCAUUCCUAAUUAUGUUCAUUCUUAUUACUGCAUGAAGCCAUUACUGUAAAUACUUUCAGCAUUUCUGUUUUUUUGAAGAAGCACAUUGUUGUUAAGUUGCCACUUUUAAUGUGAGGGAUAAGAAUGUAAAAGGUGCCACUAAGGGGGAAACAAAAUGAACAUAUGGCGCAAUAAGAUUCUCAUUAACUGCUGUUCAUAAAACGCAGUACAGCCUUCACAGCUCAGAAAGUUGUUGUCCAUUCCUUACAGGUAUUUCUUUCAAAUUUAGCUCACUUGGUGGCAGUUGAGGCAACAGUUUGACAGCAGCAGUCACCUUCUCUGCUGAGACCAAUAUUACCAUAAGACAAUGUGUCAUCUCUGCACUGUAACAGCAGAUCUGUCAGUCAGCGAUGAGAAGUUUGUGGAAAAGAAGAAAAAAAAAAUCCACCUCUGUGGUCCAUAAGGCCUCCCCUGAGCUUUCUCACUUGUGAUUAACUUUAGGUUGCUUGUAAUCAGUUCCUUUUUUGUCUGGUAUAUUUUCUGUGAAAUAAAAGCAAAUAAAGGAAUGUAUCUUUUUAUGUACUUGUCAAUCAAGAUAUUGUGUACUUUAUUCUUUAUCAGAAUAUCUCUGUAUAUCAUGUUUCUUAAACAAGAUUUUUGAACAUGUACUGUAUAUUAGUUCAUAUACAGUUCAUAUUUCAUAUUCUUUGUCCCUUUUGAUUUCAUGUUCAAGCAUUAGUCACUUACAUUUGAGAACAUGUAACAUAUGAUACUUGUCCCUGUGAAAACAUACAAAUAAAUAUUGUUUUGAUUAUAUUCUA